AUGGGACCCUUGCCGAAUGCGCAAAGUGGAGGUCCGCCUGGACUGACACCAGCUCAUCAGCAAUCGGGCCAGGAUCAGCAAGCUCGAGCAUUCAAUCCAUACUCUCACCUGGACCAGUAUGGGCAAUCCACCACCGGUGCAGCUUCAUCCUUCGACCGCCCUCGGCAGCCUCCCGCCUUGGAUCACAACCUUCACACGGCGCCAUUGCCGCACGUGUCGAACUUGCAUCCCCACCAUCUCAGCUCGCACGCCUUUUUUUUAUCCCCUUCGCAGCGAGAAGAAUUAGCCAGGCGCAACGAUGCUAUUCUCACCGCGCCGGUGCCGCCGGAACACGGAGGACCUCAGCUGCCGGAAGAGCUGCACGUGUAUCACUCGCUCGUGCCGCUCGAGGCCCCUGGACAUGGCACCGCGCUACCUGCCACUCUCGUGGAUCCUCGAGUCGCCCCGCCCACAGCGCCUGGCGCUUCGCUGCAUCUGAGUGGCAUGUCGGGCGAGCCUUCCAGAGUGUUUGGGUAUCGCACAUCAUCUUACAAGGCGUUGUGCACGCUGGACGGAAAAGCGUACGUGCUGCGCAGGAUCGAAGGGUUCAGAUUGCUGCAUGACAACGCCAUCACAGUGGUUGAGAGGUGGAGGCGGAUCCGACAUCCCAGCAUUGUCAGCGUUCGAGAAGCUUUCACUACGCGCGCUUUCGGCGAUUCUUCCAUCGUAUUUGUAUACGACUACCAUCCGCUCGCCACGACGCUGUAUGGAGAGCACAUGGUCCCGAAGCCGCCUCAAGUGGAUCGGAGGACGGGGCGGCUUCAAACGGUGUCCAUGCAGAUCCAAGAACGAACGCUUUGGAGCUAUGCUGUGCAACUCACCAAUGUGCUGCGGAACAUCCAUUCGCAUGGUCUGGCCGCAAGGUGCAUAGAGCCGAGCAAAGUGCUUCGUACUAGCAAGAAUCGGGUGCGCUUGAACUGCUGCUCGAUCUUUGACGUGGUUGCCUUUGACCCGCGAGCCAACACGGCCGCUGUGCAAAGCCAUCAAGCCGACGACCUACUCAACUUGGGCAAGCUGUUGGUAUCUCUUGCGUGCAACUCGAUGGGCGCAGUGCAAAAUCUGCCCAAAUCACUCGAGUCGAUUUCUAGGCUCUACAGCGCGGACUUCAAGAACGUUGUGCUGUGGCUAGUAGGGAAGCCUUCACCAGGCAAGACGGCCGACGAGCUUGGCCGGAUGCUAGGCAGUCACAUUGCCGACGAAGUAGAUUCUGCCCUCAACUAUGCUGACCUCUUGGAGAGCGGAUUGUCAAAGGAGUUGGAGAAUGCACGCUUGGUCAGACUGCUGUGCAAAUUUGGUUUCAUCAAUGAGCGCCCAGAAUUCGACCACGACCCCCGUUGGUCGGAGACGGGAGACCGCUACGUCAUCAAGUUGUUCCGCGACCAUGUGUUCCACGCGGUCGACGACACCGGACGGCCUCUUGUCGACUUGAGUCACAUUCUGAGCAACCUGAACAAGCUUGACGCUGGCUCAGAGGAGCGCGUCAUGUUGACGAGCCGCGACGCCCAGAGCUGUCUCGUUGUUAGCUACCGAGAGAUCAAGAAUUGCGUGGAGGCUGCAUUUCAGGAUCUCUCGCGGGCACGAUGAGUGAAGGGCAGCCUAAAGGUCUCGCUUACGCAUCGCUUGACAUGCAAGCCAUGGCGGUCCACGCGGUC